UUUGUUUCGGUGGUUUUCGUGAAUGUUCACUUCAGGGUUUCAAACUCCCAAAUGGGUUCCACAUUGUGGGUUUGGUUUCCAAGGGUGUGCCUCAAAGGGAGUUUGGGGUUUCUUUCUGGUGCUAGUGCUUGGUGUUUUUAUUUUGAUGUGAAGUGCUGUUUCCUUAGUGAUUGGAACGUUUCGGGUUCUGUUUUUGUUUUAUGGAAGGUGUUUUGUUUUUAGUCGUUGUUUUCAUAAAAAUUUAGUUGUUGGACAACCUUGACUGCCAUUGGUCUUUUAAUUUCCUUCCUAAUAUGUUAAAUGUGGCAUGUGAACGAAAUUUGGGUUCUUAACUCGUGAAUUCUAUUCAAUGUAGAAAUUCUGGUAGUUCCUCUUCCGCGUAGAAUAUAGUCCGGAAGGAAGCUUACAUUGGUUACUGGUUGGCAAGAAAAUAUGUUUCUUAGAAUUAACUGCAGAAAUGUUAGUUCAAGUUAUAAAGUCACAAGACAGCUCAAAUUACCUACUCCAACGACUUAAUUUGACACUAAAUGUUGUUCUUGAGUUCUUUUACUUUCUUCCUCAGCUAAAAUCUUUGGAUUCUUUUUUCUUUUGGUGUUCAUCUUCUUGGCCUUGUACUUGCACCUUUUUAUAGAAAAGCUUCUUUCUCUGGAAAUUAGUUAAUGUUUUGACCACUUGACUAGUAGCUUUUGUCUGCAUAAUUUGGAGUAAUUGGUCAUUUGAUGGACCAAAUGUUUUUCAUUUUCCUUUCCCUUCCUGACCACGCUGUCUUGACAUAUUCCUUUUGAUAGUCAUCUUCAGUUCUGCACUGCUUAUUACUCUUUGUAAUUGAUUUGCAGUUAUGAUUUAGGAAAAUAUGAAGGAUGGCAGAGGUUACUUUGAAUUCAAGUGUCAAUAUCUUAUACCUUACAACCAAAAAACGCUCCAUGAAGUUCUACUCCCCUCUAAUGCACCCUUUCCUUUUCAUCAUUGUUAUUCUUUGUCCUAUGGUUAUUGCUGACUUAAGUUCUGAUAAGCAAGCCCUUCUUGAUUUUGCUUCUGCUGUCCCCCAUCGCCGGAACCUUAAGUGGGAUCAAGCUACCCCUAUCUGUACAUCUUGGGUAGGCAUCACUUGCAAUCCAAAUGGCACUCGUGUUGUUUCUGUCCGACUCCCUGGAAUUGGACUAGUCGGCACCAUCCCUGCCAACACAAUUGGAAAGAUUGACUCACUAAAAAAUAUCAGCCUCCGUGCCAACUUACUCAGUGGAAGUCUUCCUCCUGAUAUUACCUCUCUUCCUUCUCUACAAUAUCUCUACCUUCAGCAUAAUAAUCUUUCUGGUGACAUACCUACCUCAUUGUCCACCCACCUCAAUGUACUUGAUUUGUCAUACAAUUCCUUCACCGGUGCUAUUCCAAAGACAUUACAAAACCUAACACAACUAACUAGAUUGAACCUCCAGAACAACUCCCUAUCUGGACAUAUUCCAAAUCUCAAUGUCACUAAGCUCAGGCAUUUGAAUUUAAGCUACAACCAUUUGAAUGGCUCUAUCCCUGCUGCUCUUCAGAUUUUCCCAAAUUCUUCCUUUGAGGGUAACUCUCUAUGCGGAUUACCUCUAAAAUCAUGCUCUAUAAUCUCCCCCACUCCUCCCUCGUCAACUCCUGCCCCAUCAUCACCUCCGGCAAGACAUAACUCCAAAAAUAAAUUGAGUAAGGUAGCUAUCAUUGCAAUUGCUGUUGGUGGGGGCGUGCUAUUACUUUUUGUAGCUCUUGUCAUUGUUCUUUGCUGUUUAAAGAAAAAAGAUGAUGGAAGCCCCAGAGUAGCUAAAGCCAAGGGUCCUAGUGGUGGGAGAAGUGAGAAGCCAAAAGAAGAGUUUGGAAGUGGGGUGCAAGAACCUGAGAAAAACAAGUUGGUUUUCUUUGAGGGCAGUUCUUAUAAUUUUGAUCUUGAGGAUUUGCUGAGAGCUUCAGCUGAAGUUCUUGGAAAGGGUAGUUAUGGUACUGCAUACAAGGCUAUAUUGGAGGAGUCAACAACCGUUGUGGUGAAAAGGCUGAAGGAAGUUGUGGUAGGCAAAAGGGAAUUUGAACAGCAGAUGGAGAUUGUGGGAAGGGUUGGACAGCACCCAAAUGUUGUGCCACUUCGUGCUUAUUAUUAUUCCAAGGACGAGAAGCUUUUGGUUUGUGACUACAUCCCAAGUGGCAAUCUAUCUACCCUCUUGCACGGUAACAGGGCAAGUGGAAGAACUCCAUUAGAUUGGAACUCCCGAAUAAAAAUCUCUGCUGGAAUUGCCAGAGGAAUUGCUCACAUACAUUCUGUUGGGGGUCCAAAAUUCACACAUGGAAAUGUCAAAUCCUCGAAUGUCCUCCUCAACCAAGAUAAUGAUGGCUGCAUUUCUGAUUUUGGCCUCACCCCGCUUAUGAAUGUUCCUGCAACCCCUUCUAGAGCCGCAGGUUAUCGCGCUCCGGAGGUGAUUGAAACCCGUAAGCACACACACAAGUCAGAUGUGUACAGUUUUGGUGUCCUUCUUCUGGAAAUGCUUACCGGGAAAGCGCCACAACAGUCUCCAGGACGGGAUGACAUGGUUGAUCUCCCCAGGUGGGUUCAGUCUGUUGUUAGGGAGGAGUGGACAGCUGAGGUUUUUGAUGUGGAGCUAAUGAGGUACCAAAACAUUGAAGAAGAAAUGGUGCAAAUGUUGCAAAUUGCCAUGGCCUGUGUGGCAAAGGUUCCAGAUUUGAGGCCUAGCAUGGAGGAUGUAGUGAGAAUGAUCGAAGAGAUCCGGCUAUCUGAUUCGGAAAACCGGCCAUCUUCGGAAGAGAACAGAUCCAAGGAGGAAUCAGCUGCGCAAACUCCAUAGUUAACUUUUCCAUUUUUCCUUUGUUCCAAGCAAAUUGAUUUCUUGAACUUGUUUUUACCAGGAAGCAACAUUCAGUGGUAUAUAAUUAUAAUUAAGAGUGCAUGAAACAGUUCUCACA